CCCGGUCAAGACUUGUACGUGGUCAUCUUCCACCUUUCACACCCAACACAGCACUCAUCCACCACCCAUAAAACUCUCCAGAGGAAUCUAUUCUCUACAUCCUCGACAAUGCCUCUCCUCUCCUCACACAUCCUCGUCCGCACGCAUGCCCUCUCCCUGCUCACCGUCGCCUACUACCUCCUGACGGCACCCCACACGCUGCUCUCAUCAGCACCAAUAUGGCUUCUCGGUGAAGCCAUGUCCAUCCGUCCCGCCGAGUUCGCUCCAGAACAUCUGACCAUCAACAAACCUCAACCCAAAGCUUUCCGACCACCCGCAUUGACUGCCGCCCGCGCGCAGCCACCUGCACCAGCAGUGCCAGGCACAGAAUCAGAACGCGAACUCUUCGCGCUAUUGGCACUGGUCCUGCUGGUCUACGCGAUCGGACAAUUCCUUUUCGCGGGCGAUCUGGCCGUGGUACUUGCUUCAUCUUCUCCCACGCCGGCACAGGGAAAACCGAGUUCACCAUCGAAAUCUUCGUCUCGUUUGGGUGAAGAACUACACACCCUUCUCAGCGCACAGUCGCGCUGGUUGACCCUUGCGGGUCUUCAUGUCCUUGGUGCGGCGCUCUUCGUCUUCUGGAUAUAUGCGUUCCAUUCGCACGCGCUGUUCGGGUCAGAUAACGCCAUAUUCCCCUCUGCUUUGCGUCUGGCGAAUCGUGUGACAUUUACAGCCGGGCUGGCCGAUAUGUUGUUUUGGGGAUACUUGUGGACAGUGCUGAAAGAAGAAGGCAGGGAAGUCGGCAGCAUGCUGGCAAGAAGGAGGGAAAUCGAGGACGAAAAUGAAAAGUACGGCAUGUGAACAGCUGUAUCAAUUCGAGCAUUCAAUGCUAGCCAUGGCAUCUAAGUUCAAUCUAUCUAAACACGUCGACUCGUGAGCACUCUCACCAUCUGACGUGAUCUCGUAUCA